AUGAAUGCCUUUAAUCAAUCAUCGUACUCACUCAUGAGCGGAGGGAGUAAUAGAAGCGGAAUGAGUAAUAUGGGAGGAGGCUCAGCCUCACACUUGCAAAGGCCUCAUCAUGGACAUUCCUUACAUCCGAUGAGGGGAGAUGCUUCAACCACGAUGGGAAGCAAUCUACAAGGAGGUAGUAACGCUAUGGCUAGGCGUGUCUCGGAAUUCUCCAUGGCCUCUAGUUUUUCAACAGGAAACACACAAAAGGCACCCAACCAGCACGCUGGCUCGAGAAACUCGUUACUACAGGAUACAGAAUCUGCUAUUUUUGCAGAUAGAGGUGACAAUGAGAGCUCAAAAGAAUCAGCUAAAACUGCACAAUCUGCUAGCAAUGCUGGAGGUACUUCCUCAGCAUUCAUUAAGAGCUUGGAAAAUUCACUCUUUCUAGUAAUUAAUUCUCUCAAAUAUGACAAACCAAUUCCGACUGCUAUCAGUGUAAUGCUUCAUCUAUUUCUAGCCUUACAAACACUGAGCAUUGGCUCUCCCUUAGAGUAUGAUUGGGGGGAAUACGGAAAAUGGGUGGUGAGUGUAGUGGCCAUUUCCCGAACAUUCGGUUUUCAAUUUAUGCCAUACGAAGGUUUUAUUGCCGUGGGUGUGGUUUAUAUCAUGCUCAUCUUACUAGCAAUAUUGUCCAUAUAUUUGACAUAUAGAACUCAACUUAUUGGAAGUAGAUAUUGGGACAAAAUUCAAUUUAUUGCAAGAUUUUGCUUUGGCAGUAUUUCUAUACUGGCAAUUCCAUUUACAUUCAGCAUGAUGUUUGCAUUUUGGAACUGCGAUUAUGAAAAGACUGUGACCAUUAAUAAUGCGUCAGUUUUUGUGUUGAGAAAUUUUCCUGACCGUGUAUGCUGGUCACCACUGAAUGGCUUUUUUGCAGCUGCAUCCAUGCUUGUCAUGAUAACUCAGUUGGCCCUUAUUUCCAUAUCUGCAACAAUUUUCUGCAACACACAUAUUCAAGCUAACGAUUUUUUCCUUGUCGACAAUCCAUUCUCUAUGAUUUAUAUUAACGUCACAAAUUGUGUCUUUUUAAUUAUACAUCCUUUCAUUCCGAAAUCAGUGUACUUUAUUGCUCCCAUUGCAUACAUUUUGAUAUCGAUGGGAUUUGGGACACUGUUAUUGUGGAAUUUCCCUUUCGUGCGCAGAGGUGCAAACGUGUUUUAUGGUGGAAUUGCAUUUGCGAGAAUUGGUGUUGGUAUAGUAACGCUAGUUGCAACUUUGGUAAAUUCUCAACAAAGUUGGGAGAUUGGAAUUGGUCUUGUGGGAGGUCUAAUUGGGGGCGGCACGUUUAUGUGCAUCAUUGGAGUUGUUGUUACAGAAAUUUAUUCUAGAUAUGUGCAAACAAAAGGAAGAAAAUUGCUCAAGACAUGCCUUCAAAAACGAUCAUUUGAAUCCAUAACAGAGUCUGAUCUCAAAUAUGUCAAUUAUUUUGUUAGAUUUGCCAUGAAGGGAACUGAUGAUGAUAUUGGUCUUGCUGACUCUUUUACAAAAUUAGCCAUGACUCAACGACUAACAAUUAAUGCACAAACAUUAAUUACAUGUGCUCUGUUUGUGAAAUUUGUGUUAACGAACAGCUCAGUGACGUUUGCAAUUGUACUGAUUCAAAAAGCGCAAAAACAAACUUCAAAUUUCUUUCUGCGUUAUUCCAUUUACUUACGUAGUAGGGAAAUUGAAAAAGCUAGCUCUAUGGGAAGAAAUAAUUUUCAAUUGGAUAGCAUGGCGAAUAUGGUGCGCUCUAAAUGUGAAUUAUUAAGACAGUUAUACAAAUUAUUUUGGAAAAACAUUGCAAUGGACCAAGGAGAUGACAAAAAACUCUAUUUUAUUGCUAAGGAAAUUGAAAGUGUUACGAAAGAAUGUUCAAUCAUUUUUCAGAAUAUGUUAUUCAACUUUAGGAAUGAGGUGACUGUAUUGAGAAGUUAUGCUUCAUUUUUGGACGAAUUUUUAUUUGAAAGCACCAUUGCAGAAGAAUUAUUUGAAGAAGCUACAAUUUUGGAGGAAGAGAAUGCUAAAAAAAGCUCCAUAGACGCAAAACGAUUACUUGCCAAAAGAAACUCUCAUGCCCUUACAUCAAAGCCAUCAAUGCACGAGCCUACAUUUUCACCAAACCUUCUAAAACGAAGAGGAUCUUCCAGAGAAGAUGUUGACAUGUUGGAAUCUGCUAGCCAACAAGGGGACGCUCAAAAUCAUCCUCAAAAACAGAAGGAUAUCUUUCGAGCUGCGUUAAAUAAGAAGGAGGAGCAUAGGUUCUUAUUUCCAUUCUUGAUGUCACUGUGUGCUGUUGGAAUUUUUUGUGUUUCUGUAAUUCUCAUAAUAGGUGUAACAAUUACUGCCAACAACAAUCGAGACAUUGACCUUAUUAUGACAGCAUGUGCCAUCUCGUCCCUACCUUAUGGAACCAUUUCAGACAUUCGAAAAGCGCAAGCAAUGAUGAAAUUUUCAAAUUCGUCACAAACACAAUUCAUACAGGGGCAAGUUAAGAAGAGGGUGGAAUCGAACAUUCAAAGCAUGAUUCAAGUUCACAAGCAUUUGAAAGAGCGACUCUUUACACCCACAAUGAUGCAACGAUUUUUUAAUACAAGCUCCAAGAUACAUAUUCCUAUACUUCAGACAGACAGUAUUUCAUUGGUACAAACAACUGUGAAAAAUAGCUCAGUGUCCGAUUUGGCUACUAAAUUUACCACUCUUUCGACCAACUAUCUUUCAAAGAGCUCGAGUGAAUUCAACAAAACAUAUGAAGACUUUGACUUUCUAAUGUUGUGGACUAAUCGACAAGACUUCACCAUGUCGUUUGAACGUUUGUGCGAUCAGCUGCUCAUCGACGUUAACGAAAAUAUUACAUAUUUACGUAAUGUGUUCAUCAUUGUGGUGUGCUCGAUAUCCGUCGCAUAUUUUAUUUACGUUAUUAUUUAUACUGUUGUCAUGCAACGAACCUUAACUAGGCUUGGCCAAAUCAUUUCAUUAUUUAGAAAAAUCUCAAAGGACGAGGUACGCACCAUUAUUGGAACAAUGGAACACAAAACAGAAGACAAAAUUAUUAGUACAAAAGAAUAUGUUGCAACAACAAAGCGAGUAUUGAUAGUUCUGGUAGCAGUGUGCUUAAUCGUCACUUUUGUAUGCGGUGUAUUAAUUGUUUAUGAAACCAUAUCCUUUAUUGAAAAUGAGUCUCUUGCAAUGCAAAAAAUUCAAUCAGCCAAUUUGGUGUUGCAAAUACUUGAGCGGUGCAAGUUUAAAAUAUUAGAACUAUUAAUGGAUGACAAUGAAUCAUUAGGAGUCUCUAAAUAUCAGUUUUACACGGAAAUUAAGACUCAUAUAUCAGACUUGUUUAUAUCUUGGAAUGCUUUUAGAUAUGGACAAGAAACUAACGGUUUUAAAGCGUUGACUGGUACUGGUACUGAGAUGGACAAUAUAUUGUUGCAAUCGAAAGAGUGUAAUGGAACAGAUUUUUCAUGCUAUUCACUCGAUAAAUUAAUGACCUACUUUAAGAUUUCUGAGAAAAUCAACGACAAUGCGUACCACCAAAUUUAUCCAACUGUUCAAGUAUUGGCAGAGUAUUCUGAUCUAUUUGAUAGCUCCAUUACAAUUUCAGACAAGACCACAUUAUUCAUUUCUAAAUACGCGUCCCAUUUUACAUCACAAGUGAUGGUUAUUUCUGCUGCUUCGUCCUCUUUAACCAUUCUACUUCUGUUUAUAUUUAUUUAUGCAAUAUACCGAUUCAUGUCCAAUCACAUGAACGAAAUUCAUCAAUUUAGGAUUAUGCUUAAUCAUUUACAUUGGGAAACAUUGGACAAUGAUCCUCUAUUGCAUGCAUAUGUGAUGAAUUACUCACUCAGUGCAAGUGAGCAGAAAAAAGCUAGAACAACAUUAGACAAUUCGUCGAAGGAAAAGGCAAUAUUGGAAGCUGCUGUUGAAGGUGCUGUGAUUUGCUCAACCUUUGGUUCUAUUUACGUUUUCAACAUGAGUGCACAAAAGUUGUUUGGAUUUAGAUCAGAUGAAGUCAUAGGUACGCCGUUGGAAGAACUGUUCACACCUGAAUCUCGUGGAAAAGUUGCAACGUUUAUUUCCAGCUCGCUCCAUGCAACCUCUAAUCAAGGUGAGACUUUAUCAAUCUUUGGUCUUCGAAAAAACAAGACAACAUUUCCAGCAACGGUCAAUUUGAGUGUUUCAGUGUUAAAAGAGAAUGAAAAUAUAAUUUCAUGUUUCAUCAGAGAUGCAACCAUUGAGAAGCAACACGAUUCAGAGUUAGCCGAAGAAAAGAAAAAGUCGGAGGCUCUGUUGUUGAACAUUUUACCUGAAAGCGUGGCUCUACGAUUGCAAAAUGGAGAAACUUUUAUUGCUGACAAGGUGGAUGAUUGUACUUGUUUAUUCAGCGAUAUUUGCAAUUUUAAUGAAAUUAGUAGUAACAUGGGUGCCAGUGAAAUUGUUCAAAUGUUAAAUAUCAUCAUCAAUGGAUACGAUUCUCUCAUUCCCAAAUAUUAUUUGGAAAAAAUCAAAACCAUUCAAAGCCAUUACUUUUGUGUGGGUGGAUUACAAACCAUGACAUCACAUGCCAAUCAAUCACAGCAAGAUCAUCCUGAAUUGGUACUUCGUUUUGCAAUGGAAAUGUUUAGCGUCAUGCACAGCUAUAAUUUGCAAUUUGGAACCAACAUGACCAUAAAGGUAGGAAUGCAUGUUGGAGCUUUGGUAUCUGGAGUGAUCGGACAAUUAAAAUUUGCAUACGACGUAUGGGGCGAUGCUGUCAAUUUAGCUUCAAGAAUGGAAUCCGUUUGUUUGGAUGGUAGAAUUCAAUGCUCACGAGAGGCCUAUCUUCGACUCUGUUCCAAGUUUGACUUUGACGAACGAAAAGAUGUUUACGCGAAAGGCAAGGGUCUGUUAACAACCUACCUAUUACACACUAAUUAUUACCAAAAUCCACAGAAUUGUCAUAUGACCACCAUUCUCGUUGAGGGAGCAGAUGAUGAUGAUAACUUGAUGGAUGAACAUCAUCACCACCAUUCAGAUGUCGUCUCUCGUGGAUCGUAUGACAUCUCAGAUGCUGGAUCGAGUGCUCCUCCAUCGGUCAUCAUUGAAGAUGGACAUUUAGUGGCACACCACCACGAUCAUGGAAUGCAUCAUCACUCUCAUCAUGAUGCACAUUCUGAAGUGCAUCAUGAGCAAGAUCACGCAAUACAUUUAUCUAGUGGUCAUCACAAUUCUCAUAACACGCAUCAACAUUCUAUACAUACUUCGUCUGACCCUCAAUCGAAUCAUCGUGCUGUGGCACUAGAUCAGGAUGUUCGGAAGGAAUGA